AUGUAUCAAAAACUUCCACCAUGGACAGGCAAAGUAAUCUUACGAACCAUGAUACAAGAAGAUCCAACUCAACAGGAGAGGAUGGGUGUUGUGGGACCCAAUUCAAAUCCCUUCUCGAUGGGCAUGAUGAUGGAUGAUUUUCUUCCCGAGGUUGUGGACAAGGUUGAUUUAUCUUUUUAUAAUUAUUCAGCUGAUGAACGACAACAAGGGAAUAAUCAACAAGUAACCUCCACAGCUGCCGAGUUGGAAGAGAGAAAAUUAUUGGAAAAUGGAAUUAAAUUAUUACGAAUGAUUAAAAGUAGUUUUCAAGAUAUUCCAAAUCAAAUAUUGGAAGCAGAACAAGAAAUUGAAUCUUUCAUUCAGAAUGUAUAUACAAAGAAUGGAUUUGAUAGGAAUGAUGAAUGGAUUUCAAAGGCUUUUAUGAGUGAUGUAUUGAUUGAUAAAUUCUUUGAUUGGAUGAUGGAACUUUUAGUUGAUACGACCACUUCGAAACUAAUGUACUUGUUGCAUGUGAUUACUGUGAAUAGGACUUUUAAAGAGAAUGUGAAGAGAAGACACUUGGUUCGUUUGUGUAAUUAUGUGCUACCUUAUGAAAGGUUUGAAAUACCUUUCAAUUUGUACUUUGGACCAUUCUUGAAUGAGUUGUUGCACUUAUCUUGGAAUGUAUUGGAAACUGUUUUAAUAGAUGAAUUGAAAACCGCUAAAAACCCUCUCCCACCAAAGGAAAGAAACAAGAGAGGAGCUCAAGUAUUAUACGAGUCAAGAUGCAUUGAUUGUUUGACAUUAAUUGCAACUUCCAAUGAAAUCUAUCGACCAAAAUUAUUGGAAAUAUUUGAGGAAAUUCUCAGCUCAUGUGAAGAUCCUUAUAUCACCUCUAUAAUUGUUGCUGAUAUGAAGGCCUUGAAACUAAUUAAUAAGAAAUCAUUUAGACUUAUUGAGAGAGCAUACAUGAGUAAGGAUGUGUUUGAAGAUAUUACUGGAACUUUUUUCGAAUUUUCUCAGCAAGUUGAUAUGGUCGAUAAAGUGAGUUUGACUGCUUCAUCACUACUAAAUAAGAAAUUAUCAGUAGAGGAAUCUAAGGCAAAGAAGAGGGUCAGAAAAAUUAGGGAUAUUGCCAUUGCAUCAAUAGUAGAGUCAGGAUUCAAAUUGGCAACCUCUACACAAUUUUCGGACAUGAAAGGAGAAUUUGAUAUUGACCCUAAUAUUUAUUCAGUCGAAAAAAUGUUUGAACAUUUAAAGGAAUUGAACUUAUUGCCAAUAUCAUCUAUUGAGAGGUUAAGACCAGAAACAGAGGCUGACAAGGCAGAUUUUACAAAGGUUUCUCUAAUGUUAUUGAGAUUUGAGUAUUAUUUGAGAAAAAAAGUUGUCAAGAAGGGAAAUCAAUUGUUAAGAGUGGAUGACAUUAGAGAAUCGACAAUUAAUAUCAUUGAUUCGUGCAUGAUGAGAGGGUUGACCUAUUUCACACAACAUGAUUAUCAACCACUACUCGAUUAUGUAUUCAAAGAGAGUAGUCACAAUAGAUACAGAUUAGAUGAUGUUUUAUACUUUUUAUCCAUGGCAAUUAAUAGUAAUUUCAUGAUCAUCGAACGUAAUUUCAGUAAUUCCUUCUCUUUGAAGCCAUUAUACACCUACUUGAUAGAUAUUGGAAUGGCAGAGAGAUUGGAACAAAUAAUUUUGGAAAAUAUGAAGAUUUCUGAAAGUGAAGAUGAAUAUUCCAAAUCAAUCAAAAUAUCCACCAUUCGUGAGGCUGUUGGAUUAAUAGGUGAAUUAGUCAAUAACUCUUCACAUGAUGAUAUAGGAAGAGCUAGUUAUCUGUUAAAUAGAACAAAUGUGUUGGAUAUUAUAGUAGCUGUUUGGGUUGAAUUUUCAAAGGUCCCAUCUAUUAUGGAGCAUUUUCUAGCCUGUAUGGUUCAUUCAUUCGAGUUUUUAAAGCAAUAUCAAUUGGAAAAUAGCGAAGAAUCUCUAGUAAUACUCGAUAGCAUGUUCCAUUUGAUUCAGAAAGCUGGUUUGCCUGGUAUUGUAAAGUCUUCUAAAGGUGUCUUCCCAAAAACACAAAGAAAAAUAAUUCAAGCCAUGGAACAAGCUGGUAUAAUCAAGAGAGUGUUUGAAUUCUUAUUGGAAAGAGAUUUUUCCAAAUUAGCCACUGGUACAGAACCAAAAGAUAUUAGGGCAUCAGGAUGGUCUGAUUCACUGGCAACCUUUUUGGCUUAUCUUUCCAGAAAUCCACCAACCAGAGAACAUUACUAUGAUAAUGAUUUCAAGGUGUUGAGAUUUUUAGUCAAGGAAGUUCUCUUUACAAUUCAUGAUCAAUUAGCCAAAUAUUCUGUGAAUAAUUUACCAGAAGCUCGCAGUUCAUUAUGUGCAUCCUUUAUUAAUUAUCUCUCUGUUGUUAAUCAUAUUCUGUGGGAUAUUAAGGCUUGUAAAUUCCUAUUCGAAGAUGUUAACAAUAGAUCUUCCAAAUCUGGAUUGGCAUUGGAAAACAUGUGCUUCUUUUGGCUUUCUAAAAUGUUGGAACAUGUAAAGAGAAUCAAAAGACUCAAUCAAGUUCAAACCUUAGUUUUUUCAAGGACACUAUUUUGCACUUCAUGCUUGAUGGGAGAUGAAUCUUUUUGCAAUACCUUAUUAUCAGAUGAUCAAUUCCUACCUAAAAUUAUGGAAGUACUGAAAUUUUUAACCAACAAUCAACUCAUGAUUCCUGAUAUUAAUUUAUCCUCAGUCAAAAUUAUAACAGUUGCAUUGAGACAUGAAAGCUCAAAAGGAAAGAUCAAUGUUGAUACACUUUUGGGAUUUAUUGUGAAUCAGAUGGAUGAUAUGGCACCUGUGGAAACAUUAUUUUAUGAUCUCAUAGGAAGUCAAUUUGGAGCAGAGGCAGAGAAAUUAAUCAAUACAAAAUAUACAAGUCUCAAAAAGUCAUUGAAUAACACUAAGAAACAAGUGGAUAAAUGCGCAACUUGUAAAAAUCUUUGUGGUGAGAAGGGAGAGCCACUUAAAAGUUGCUCCAGAUGUGGAAAAGUCAAGUAUUGUUGUAGAGAUUGCCAAGUUAAAGAUUGGCAAAACCACAAACCGGAAUGCACUAAAAAGGCUUAG